AGGUGUGUCUCCGGCUCGGUGGCUGCCUGCCCCACUCCCUGCCGAGACACCCGGUGGAGAGGUCACCGACUGCGCAGCCCCAGUGCCCGAAACCCACCAGCCCAGUGACCCACCAUGGAAGCUGCAGACGCCUCCAGGAGCAACGGAGCCAGCCCGGAAGCCAGGGAUGCCCGCAGCCCGCCCGGCCCCAACGGCAGCCUGGAAAACGGGCCCAAGGCUGAAGUCAAAGACGCCAAGACCACCAACGGGCAUGGCGGGGAGGCAGCCGAGGGCAAGAGCCCGGUCAGCGCCCUCAAGUCUGGGGAGAGCAAGAGCGCCCUGUUCUCAGGAAACGACUGGCGGCGACCCAUCAUCCAGUUUGUCGAGUCUGUGGAUGACAAGAGCUCCAACUACUUCAGCAUGGACUCCGGGGAGGGCCGGAGAUCACCCUACGCCGGGCUCCAGCUGGGCGCUGCCAAGAAGCCGCCCGUCACCUUUGCUGAAAAGGGGGAGCUGCGCAAGUCCAUCUUCUCAGAGCCCCGGAAGCCCACGGUGUCCAUCGUGGAGCCUGGAGAGAGCCGGCGGAACAGCUACCCCCGGGCUGACACGGGAGGCAUCCUCCUGCGCCCCAAGUCGAGCUCCGAGGAGGUCCUGUGUGACUCCUGCAUCGGCAACAAGCAGAAGGCCAUCAAGUCCUGCCUGGUGUGCCAGGCCUCCUUCUGUGACCUGCACCUCAAGCCCCACCUGGAGGGUGCCGCCUUCAGGGACCACCAGCUGCUCGAGCCCAUCCGGGACUUCGAGGCCCGCAAGUGCCCCCUGCAUGGCAAGACCAUGGAGCUCUUCUGCCAGACCGACCAGACCUGCAUCUGCUACCUGUGCAUGUUCCAGGAGCACAAGAAUCACAGCACGGUGACCGUGGAGGAGGCCAAGGCCGAGAAGGAGACGGAACUGUCACUGCAAAAGGAGCAGCUGCAGCUCAAGAUCAUUGAGAUUGAGGACGAAGCCGAGAAGUGGCAGAAGGAGAAGGACCGCAUCAAGAGCUUCACCACCAAUGAGAAGGCCAUCCUGGAGCAGAACUUCCGGGACCUGGUGCGGGACCUGGAGAAGCAAAAGGAGGAAGUGAGGGCUGCGUUGGAGCAGCGGGAGCAGGAUGCCGUGGACCAAGUGAAGGUGAUCGUGGACGCUCUGGAUGAGAGGGCCAAGGUGCUGCGCGAGGACAAGCAGACGCGGGAGCAGCUGCACUGCAUCAGUGACUCGGUGCUGUUCCUGCAGGAAUUCGGAGCCUUGAUGAGCAAUUACUCCCUCCCUCCUGCACUACCCUCCUACCAUGUUCUGCUGGAGGGGGAGGGCCUGGGACAGUCCCUGGGCAACUUCAAGGAUGACCUGCUGAACGUGUGCAUGCGUCACGUUGAGAAGAUGUGCAAGGCAGACCUGAGCCGGAACUUCAUCGAGAGGAACCACAUGGAGAAUGGGGGCGACCAUCGCUACAUGAACAACUACUCCAACAGCUACACUGGCGAGUGGAGCGCACCGGACACCAUGAAGAGAUACUCCAUGUACCUCACGCCCAAGGUUGGUGCCAGGUCUUCAUACCAGCCAGCGUCCCCCAACCGCCUCCAGAAGGAGACCAACCAGAAGAACUUCAACAACCUCUACGGCACCAAAGGGAACUACACGUCCCGCGUCUGGGAAUACUCCUCCACCAUCCAGAGCUCCGAGGACAUGCCCCCUGUCCAAGGCAACUCCUCCUUCUCCCUGAAAGGCUACCCCUCACUGCUCCGGAGCCAGAGCCCGAAGGCCCAGCCCCAGUCUUGGAAGUCCGGCAAGCAUACCAUGCUGCCUCACUACCGGCCAUUCUACGUCAACAAAGGCAAUGGGAUUGGAUCCAACGAGGCCCCAUGAGUUCCAGAUGGGCAGCUUUGAGGGCGGCACCGUCAGUCCCGCCCACCCCAGCAGAUCCUGCUGCUCUUGCCUUCUAAGCUACUGUUCUCAUCCUGGUGGGCGGGGGCUGGCUCCGUGCUCCCCCAGCCUCUCCCCAGCGUCCCCAUCAGCCACGGUCCAUCCAGGCCUCUCUCCUGCUGUGGCUUCUAGUGACCCCCUCUCUCCCGCAUCCAGAGGUGGGCCAUUCCAGCGGGGAGACAGAAGGGCUUCUCCCUCUGGACCUGGCACCUUCUUCCUCUACAGUGGGAUUUUGGGGUGGUAUUUGUGCCCACAGGCUUUAGCCCGGCUGUCUUUAGGCCUGUUGGCCAUUUCUCUCCACAGUCCCUUGCUGCAUGGUGUGGUCCGUAGGAGCCUGGUCAAGACCAGCGGCCCACCCCUUCCCAACCCAGGCCACCCCUUCCCCGCCUGUCAGGACACCAGCCCCACCAAUGUCCAGCACUGGGAACCAACAGCCCUGGGGGGCUGGGGUGGGGCAGCCCCAGUGUCUUGGCAUGCUCCUGCUCCACCUUGCAUAGCUCAUCUGUUCCUGGGCCUGGCGCUAGGCCUCUCUUCCUCCUGCUGAGGCCAGCCAUCCCCUCACGGGAUAUAUAAUCCACACUUGAAGGUGGCCGCUGGCCCAGCGGCCCCAGAGAAGGCUCAUUUCUCUGCAGGACACCUCUAGUGGGACCAUUUUGUGUCCUCUGGGCAAUGGGAGUGAGGCUGGUGACAGUGUCGCCGGACUGGGACCCACGAGGCCACAUUCCCACUCUCCCCUCCCCACAACCCCUGUCCAUCUUCUGCUUACCUCUCACUGCCCUCACCUAGGGCUCCGGGCCUGGAGAGGAGACCAAACCACGAACAGCUAUGUGGACGCAACCCCUCUCCCCCCAGCCCUACCCCUGGGCCGAUGGGGCAGCUUUCAGGAGUCGCGACAUUCAGCCUGGUCUUCCCCCCAUCAAUAAACCAUGG